CGGGGCGCAGCUGUUUUGUAUAGUCAUUAUAUGAGGUGACAGUGCGGGCAGCACAUGUCCCUGCCUUUACACAAGUGCCCCCUGGAGAUACCUGGUGACCGGGAAAGGACUGAGCUGUAGAAUAAACAUGGCGGUUGCUUCCUUAUUCCUGGACGUUUGACCCUCUUCUAUAUGUAUUUGCAGCCCCUGUCCUGUAGGGAGGGCAGAGGCCGAGUAUGGGGUUUACAGUGGACAUGGGGAGGUCUAGUGCCUGUGGUCUCCCUGCUGACUGGCUGGACCAUCUCUUCUCUGUCAAUACCUGCCAUGGCAGGCUGGUCUCAUGAGGCAGUUUUGACUCUUUAUCGAGCCCUCCUGCGCCAAGGGCGCAAACUAGAGUUUACUGAUCGUGACUACUACGCUUCAUAUGUGCGCCGAGAAUUUAGGAAAAAUCAGAGCCUUACAAAGCAGGAAGACAAAGAAAAACAGCUGGAGAAAGGACAGUUUUUCCUGAGGACCAAACUGGGAGGGUUGGUGUAA